GUCUUACUACGUGCCUACAUUACUUGCAUGUCCCGCUCGCGAAAAGCAAAUCCCCACACGCACACACACACCUCUCUUUACUUCUGACGACCCGUCGCGGCGCCGCACCAUCGCGCUCCCCCCCACGCGCCCGGCCGUCGCUUGACGUCGCGGCUGGCGUCGUCUCGUGAGCAUCGGCCGGACCUGGUCGCUGGACAGGCCCGGCUUCAUCCUCCUCUCAUUUACGGUCUCAUUCUUUUGACCGCAUGCGCUACCAGCGGUACCGACCCCGCUGCCCCCUACAAACGCACGACAGCAUGCCUGUGCCCAUCAGGUAGCAAGAGAAGACAAUGGUCGAGCUGUCCGCUGGCGGGAGCGUUGCUCUUGGAGUCUUCGUCGGCCUGCUCUCGACCAGCAUCCAGAGCGUCGGUCUGACGCUGCAGCGCAAAUCGCACCUACUCGAGGAUGAGAAGGAGGAGACGCAUACGCGCCGUCCGCCCUACCGCCGCCGACGAUGGCAGUUGGGCAUGUUCAUGUUCAUCGUCGCAAACCUCGUCGGGAGCACCAUCCAAAUCACCACCCUGCCGCUGCCCGUCUUGUCAACCCUCCAGGCUUCCGGCCUGGUGUUCAACUCGCUAUGCGCCACCAUCGUCCUGAGCGAGCCCUUUACACGUUACUCGCUCGUCGGCACCAUCCUCGUCACCGCCGGCGCCGUCCUGAUUGGCACGUUUGGCGCCUUGACCGAGCCGUCGCACACCCUUGACCAGUUGCUGGUCCUGCUGGGGAAGGCGGCAUUUCUGGUGUGGCUCUUUGCAACGUUGCUCGUUACAGCGCUUCUUUUUGUCGCACAAUGGGUCCUGAAACGCCUGUCCCCUCGGCCUACGCCAGUCAUACGUCUUCUGCGGGGAAUGUGCUUUGGCGCCAUGAGCGGCAUCCUCUCCGCACACUGCCUACUUAUCGCCAAGUCCGCGGUCGAGCUGCUCGUCCGCACCAUAGUCGACCGUCACAACCAGUUUGUUCGCUGGCAAUCUUGGGCAAUACUACUCGGUCUUGUAGCUUUCGCCCUAACGCAGUUAUAUUACCUACAUCGCGGCCUUAAGCUCUGCUCCACGAGCAUUCUAUACCCGUUCGUCUUUUGCAUUUACAACAUCAUCGCCAUCCUCGACGGUCUCAUAUACUUCCGGCAAAUCUCGCGCCUCCCCGUGCGCGACGCUUGCUUGAUUGCUGUCGGUACCGUCAUCCUGCUCGCCGGCGUUGCAGCUCUCUCCUGGCGCCUUGACGACCAGGACCCCUCCACCAGUACCACGUCGAAGCACCGGCGCAAGGCGUCGCACCGCUCAAUCACCGGUGUUCCGCCACCGCGCACCGCGCUCACACCGGGUCUGGGAUUCAUCAACACAGGGGAAGAAGAAGAAGACGCUUCCACUGGCACUGAUACGCCUCCCUUUGACGAAGAAGCCUCUGUGGGCACCAAGCGCACAGGUAACAACGGUAUCCUGACCCACCGCACCAUGGAACCUGACGAGCAGACGCCACUGCUGCUCCGCACCAACACAGCACCAGCCCCGAAGGCGCGUUAUAAGCCCCGCGGGCUCCAGAAUUUGCGCCGUAUGACAAUCUCUGAAGAAGCAGGCGAGAUCUGGGACGAGCUCAACGACCGCGGCGUGCUGCGCAGCCCGAGCCUGAAGAGUCCGAUGGAGCCGCGCAGCCGAGAACGACCCAGCGCACCCAACAGAUCGAAGACGAUGCCCCUGAAUCACAGCAGCAGUACCAUGAACCACAGGCGGCGCAGCUCGUGGUGGAACAGCUUGGCGAGCGGGGGGCAGCGCCUCAUGCCAGGGAAUAUCAGUCUCGGGCUCCCUGGCAGGGAGAGUAGUCCCCUCGCACUGAGUGGUGACGGUGGUGAUGAAGAUGACGACCCCGCUGUGGCGCUUCUGAGCCCUAGCCCGGAUAGGAAUCGCUCGUGGAGCGUAAGGCUGCCGCGUGUUAGAGCGAGAGCGGGUGGUGUGGAUCAAAGACGGGAGGGAUGGUUUAGGCUGUGGCGCUGGGGAGGAAGUGGUGGGGAGAACUAAGGUGGAAGGAGAAGGAGGUAUUAACGGGAGAUUUGGAUUCAAAGAAGCCAGCAUGCAAGCAUGCGAGCAAGCAAGCAUUUGGGUUGGGCGUUAUGGUUUGAUUGGGAUAACUUGAUCGAGGGAAGGAUGGAUUAAGAAGGGCAGGUGGUUGAUUGAGUAGGAGAGACAGCGUAGGAGGAGAUACCAGAAAGCGGGAGAGAAAGAGUGAUUGAGAAGGGAAAUGAAGGGGAGAGAUGGUAGCGAUAACAUUUAACAUGGAACAGAGUACAUCAAGUAGAGCAGAAUAGCUUCAGCGAUACUCAGCGAGG